AUGGACUACGACCCAGGCCAAGAAGCCGCUGGUGGCUACCCUCGCGCCGAAAGGCUCGCACACUGGGAGGUCGCUCGCGGGCGCUACGAAGAAGUUCGCCUGUGCCACGUCGGUCCGCCGGGGGCGCUCUUGUGGAUUAUCGACCGCAACUGGAGCGACGGCAAUGACAAGCUCUGGCGCAACGGGCGCGCACCUCCCGGCUGUGCCCAGCUCGAAGCCAGGCUUUUGGCCAAGCGCACCCACGAACAGGUAAAUUGCCCACCCUGCAUGGCGCAGCUGCGCCAGGAGCGUCGAGAGCAGCUGGGGCAAAGGCUGCUCAAGAAGUGCCAGAACGAGAUGAUGCGUCAGGUGCCCCAACCGGGCAAAGUGGAGCAGGACCGCCAGGCAAAGCGGAAAGCGGCCGCGGAGGAAAGCGCGUGGGAGAAGGACGACAAGUAUGCCAACCCGAGCCUGGUCCAGGUGCAUUCUCCCUUUGGCCAGACUCUCCAGCUUGAUGAGGAGGGAAGCUGCGUGUUUCAGAUGAGGGUGCACUGUAAUCACCCGAAAAGUGGGCUUGAGGUCGAGUUUGUCGUCAAGUCCCUUACGGGCCUGGUGACCUGUUCACUUUCCUUGCACCAUGUGAACGCAAAGCGCGGGGGCAAAGAGAAACAGACUGGUAGCAAUCAUAAGCGUCAGCGCUUAGACGAGGAACCGUCUGCUGUGGCCGCGCCGGCCUUUGCGAGCAGGCCACCGCAGCAGGACAAUUUCAAUCCGUCAGCAAGUCUGGACCCGACAGGUCCACCCCCAAUGGGCGAUGAUCCUACAACUGGGGCCAUGCCUCCACAUCCUGGCAACAACACCGCAGUCCCUCCUUGCCCAGAGGCUGGACACACCGGUUCAUCGCCCUUUCAGGGCAGCCCUGGUAAUGAUGGGGCCUCGGAAGUUCAAGCGAUCACCCCUGGAGUAACUCCUUUCGAGCGCGACAUGACCGAAAUCGAACAAUUGUUGUUCUUCUCGCUCAGUGCCCCGAGCGGCUCAGAUGGACCUUCUCCGACGCAGCUCUCCGCCUUGUUCGGCGUACAGGAAGGGGAGGCCUUCGAUACCAUGAACCUGCCCCUAGCAGAAGCUGAACAACAUCAUCCACAUGAUCGCUCCGCUUUACCUUGGUUCAACGACCACCACAAACCAGAAGGUGAUCUCUUUCUGAAAAAGUUAGGCUUGUGCACAUCUCCCUCUCGGUAUUCCGGGUCGUCACUCGAUCUGGAAGGCUCUGAGGAAGACGCUCUCGCUGACUCCGUCCAUGGCUCUGAUAGCGCACAGGUUUCCCUGACCCCUCCGCCCAUUGUUUUUUUUUUUCGGUUUUCCUCACCCUAA